GGGCUUUCUGAUCCGAUAGACGUGUUUGUUUUUGCGCUGACUUAAAUAUGAGUGUAAUUAUUUCUGUUCUUUGUGUGGUGCUAAUGGCUACUGUAUCAUGUUCAGAACAAACACUUGAGUGCUUUCAGUGUACUCUUGGAUUCUGGGAUAUGUGUUUCACCACCAAAGUAAACUGCAGUGUUGGAGAUCAGUGUUUUGUUGGAACUGGCAAGGCAGCCUCUGUCCUGGAUGUAAAGAUGCUGGGCUGCCUUCCUGAAGAGGGAUGCAACAAGACCAUGACCAUUGAGUUCCCUGCAAACAAGACUGUCUACACCAUGAAUAUGCAGUGCUGUAAUGAGAGUUACUGCAAUGGUGGCCCUGCUGUUCUUUUGCCAUCAUUCACUGUGAUUGCUCUAACUGUUGGCCAGACAAUAGAUGUGUUAUGACUUUUAGAUGUUCAGGAUUCUCUUGCUUGCUCUGAGGUUUUGCUGCUUCACCUUUUGAUGCAUUUUUAAAAAAAUUUGGAUUACAGAAUGAAUAGGACACGUAUGUUUUGGGUAUCUGUCAACUUGUUUAGAAUUA